UUUCGUAUAUGAAAUAAUAGAAAUCAAUAAAGAAAGCAAAUACAAGUCCUUUAAUCAGUCAUGUCAACCAUACAUUCCUUUCUUAUCCAAUUAAAAUAUAGCUAUCUACCUUCCCUCAUCAACACAAUUUAGAUUUCCCACUUUACAAAUUAAAUUGUGUCAACACCCCACUUUCAGAUGCAACAAAUAUCUGAAUAUCAUAUACCUCGUUGUGAAGACAAGAAGAUAAGACAAACCCAUAAAUAGAGUGGGAUUGCUCAUGCGGCCUGAUUGCAAUAAUCUCAAAUUCAGAUAUGUGCAUCAGUAUAGAGACACUAGAUGAUGAUCAGCAGCAAGCAAGCUGACAAAAUAAAACUGAAUUUGGGCUCUGAAUCUAACAAAUGUUGCUUCCUCUGCAUUCUUCAGACGGGAUUCCUUUUUUUCGAUAUAUCAAGUGGUUUGUCAGGUCGUGCACGAGCUUUCUAUGGAUUUCCAUUUCAUUGACCAAUCCAAGUGACAUCUUCAUCUAUAAACAAAUGGAAGCGGCAGCAGUCACUAGCAGAUUAGGUGUGGUAAGUGGUGUAAAUAUCCCUUUGUUUUUGUGCUGUUGCCUGCGCUGGAUCGCUUCAAUUAUCUGCUCAGAGAAACAGGGAAAUUGCUGACUUAUUCAAAACUCAAAAGCUAGGAGCCUACUUGCACAUAUCUCAGACAAAUGCAUUGAGCCACAUGAAAAGAAACAAGGAAAGCUCGGAGACAGUUUGAACCAACCCCUGUUAUGAGUCAUAACUUGGUGCUACUGCUCUGUCGAUUUCAACUGUCUGACUGACCUGGUCACUAGCAUGAAGGGGUUAUGUGUCAUAUAAUUCAUUUGAUAUUCUAAUGAAUAGUACAGUGGUCAGUCUCAGUCAUAUGAUGGGCAACGAGCACAACCACCAGAUAGUGUAGCUACUCACUCAAGUUCAGAGAAUCAGAGUUUAUAUUAGCCUGGUUUGUGUUUAUAUAGAAGUGGUGUGCGUUCUAGAGAUUGACCACACCUUCACAGCAGGGGAAUGUCACUGUUAUAGGAGUGAAGUCUCCAAGGAGAGGCGCGAUAAUUUAGCCAGCGAGACAAACAAAAAGCUAGACUUAACUAGCUGCCCCUGGAAACAUUCUCUCUUCCAGCCUCGGUUUCUCACCUGGAUCCGCAUCCAGAGAUUGGUCGUCCUCCUCCUCGUCCCCUAGGUCGCACUUCCCUCUGCGGCGCGCACGAUUCGUCGAUCGGUUGGUCCGGGUAGAGAUGAUCAACAGGUGCUUCUGCUGCGUCGCCGGCGACGAUGAGCCGGAGCCAGCCGCUCCACCACCCGCCGGUACCGGUCGUCGCACUCGCAGGACGAAUCCGUCGAGGACACCUAAGAACAGGAGUAUCGAGUAUCCAUGGGAGAUCUACAGCCUCAAGGAGCUCCUGCAGGCGACCAACAACUUCAACGAGAACAACAAGCUCGGGGAGGGCGGAUUCGGCACCGUCUACUGGGGCCGCACCGCCAAGGGCGUCGAGAUCGCGGUGAAGCGGCUCAAGGCGAUGACGGCCAAGGCGGAGAUGGAGUUCGCCAUCGAGGUGGAGAUCCUCGGCCGUGUCCGGCACAAGAAUCUUCUCAGCCUCCGCGGUUUCUACGCCGGCGGCGACGAGCGCCUCAUCGUCUAUGACUACAUGCCCAACCACAGCCUACUGACGCAUCUCCACCCCCAACGCGGCGCCCCCUCCUCCCAGCAGCAUCAGCCUCUCGACUGGGCACGCCGCGUUGCCAUAGCCAUCGGUGCCGCCGAGGGCCUCGCUUACUUGCACCACGAGGCGAACCCGCACAUCAUACACCGGGACAUCAAGGCGAGCAACGUGCUGCUGGACGCGGACUUCGUUCCUAAGGUCGCCGACUUCGGGUUCGCCAAGCUCAUACCCGACGGCGUGUCGCACCUGACGACGAGGGUGAAGGGCACGCUGGGCUACCUGGCGCCGGAGUACGCCAUGUGGGGGAAGGUCUCCGAGAGCUGCGACGUCUACAGCUUCGGCGUGCUCCUCCUGGAGCUCGUCAGCGCGCGCCGGCCGCUCGAGAAGCUCCCCGGGGGCGUCAAGCGCGAGAUCGUGCAGUGGGCGGCGCCGCUGGUGGACCGCCGCAAGUGGGAGCGCAUCGCGGACCCGCGCCUCGCCGGACGGUUCGACGCGCAGCAGCUCCGCGCCGUGGUCGAGGCCGCCAUGCUGUGCACGCAGAGCAACGCCGAGAGCCGGCCGGCCAUGGCCGAGGUGGUCGAGAUGCUCAGGUUCAGUGGGGAGCGGCGGACAACCAAGGAGAUCGUCCCGGUGGUCGCCGCAAGCAGCGAGAUGACCACCCCAGACCUGCAAGACGUCACCGGCAGCAGCGAGCCCCUGGACAGGCGGAGCUGGAAGGUGGCCAAGCUGAGGUGACGACGAUCGAUCGUCCAUCCAGAUUCAGGCAUGUGUUAUCAUAUGCAAUUGAGGUGCAAAAUGGUUAGUGCACAUUUAGCAGAUUGCACUGUUAAUUCAUAAGGUUACGCAAACGGUGCUGAUGAUGGUGUGUUUGGUGGGAGAAAUCAAGAGUUUUUAAUCCUCUCGCCUGCAAAGUUUUGUUUGCUUGCGUUGUGGGGUUUGUUGCAUUUGCUUAUUAUUUGUUCGAUAUAAUAUAUAUGGGAGCUAGCAGAUGUGCACAUAAUCAAUAUUUCUUAUGUACAUAGAUACUUUGGGAUAUUCAACCCCGAGAGGGCCGUUUAUGUUUUGUAUGGUUUAGAG